GUGUAUAUCCUGGAGAAACUCUUGUACAUGGGCACAGGGGACAUGUACAGGAAUGUUCAUACCAACACUGUUCAUAACAGCCCCAAACUAAAAGCCACCCAAAUGACAGAUAAGCGACAGACUAGUCCCUUGGUGGUCAGCACUUCUCACCCUGCACCUGCCUCUCCAGGACAUUCCACAGCCGUGGUCAGUGUGCCCAGUUCCCAGCAACACCUCUCAACUAACAUGUUUGUGGCCCUGCACUGUUACUCGGCCCAAGGACCUGAAGAGCUGGACCUGAAGAAGGGCGAAGGCAUCAGGGUUCUGGGCAAGUCCCAAGAUGGCUGGCUGAGGGGUGUCUCCUUAGUCACUGGACAAACUGGCAUCUUUCCAAGCGACUAUGUCAUCCCCGUUUUCAGUUCAACAGCUAGAAAGACAUCUAGUUUUCCUGAUUCCCGGAGCCCCACUGUCUGCACCACAUGGGCGUUAUCCACUUCCUCUGUGUCCUCCCAGGGCAGCUUUUCAGAAAGUGAUCCACGGCAAAGUGGACCCUUCAAAUCUGUCUUUGUGCCCACUGCCGUAGUUAACCCUUCGAGGAGCACACCUAGCCCAGGGACUUCUGGACAAGGGUCUCUUAGGAAAGUGCGGAGCAGCAUGAGAAAGAAUGGAUCUCUGCAGAGACCAGUUCAAUCAGGGAUCCCCACUUUCAUGGUGGGCUCCCUCAGGUGCAGUCCUGCCAUGGUGAUCCGGCCUCAGAAGUUCCAGUUUUAUCAGCCACAGGGAAUGAUACCUUCCCCAACACCAAUAAUGGUGGAGAUGGGGUCUAAAUCUAUUUCCACCGGGGAGCCUGCCCUGACCUGCAUGAACAGAAGUAGCAAGACCAGGAUCCACUCAGCAGGCAAUUCCAUCAUUAUGGAAGGCAAAGAAACGCCCAUCAAGAGUGAACCACCACCCAAGCCGCCUGCAUCUGCACCACCCUCCAUCCUUGUGAAACCAGAAAAUUCAAAAAAUGGUAUCGAAAAGCAAGUCAAAACCGUGAGAUUUCAGAAUUACAGCCCUCCGCCCACCAAACACUCUGCCUCCAGUCCCACCUCUGGAAAGCAUGAACAGCCAGCCACCUUGAAGGGGUCCCAGCCCGAAGCAGUCUCCUCAGGAGGAGAGAUGACCAUUCUAUUUGCCCACCGAAGUGGCUGUCACUCUGGGCAACAGACAGACCUUCGGAGAAAGUCAGCCUUUGGCAAGACCAUGCCCAUAGUGUCCACUGCUUCAGCCACACAGACCUUAUUUCCCAGCAAAUGA